UCCUCUUUCCAGCACAGCGCAGUAAAGCAGCUGCAGGUCGAUCGGUGGAAGUCAUUCACAGAAAAGGGAUACUGCACAGGAGACCUACGCAAAGCGGAGAUUGCGGUUUAUGCGUUGCGUUUUACGUACGAUAGAGUUUACUUCAGAGGAAGGACAUCAGAAGGCUACAGAAGGAUUGCUAUCUGUUUCUGCAAUAGCCCUGCAGCUUCAAAGAUGACAUGCUCGUGAUGCCUCUCUCGUCUCUUGGGUUUAAUGCAGCUGGUUCAGACUGACCUCUUUAGCAUCACAGCAGCACUUCAACAUAAGCAGAAACCAGCUGAGUAAAGCACACAUGCCCAACUACAAAUUUCAGAUCCCAAACCAAAACUCGUCUCUUGGGUUUAAUGCAGCUAGUUCAGACUGACCUCUUUAGCAUCACAGCAGCACUUCAACAUAAGCAGAAACCAGCUGAGUAAAGCACACAUGCCCAACUACAAAUUUCAGAUCCCAAACCAAAAGUGCAUUCCAGAGGCCCGCCUUGGCAGCUAGAGGAGAGGUCGGCCUCCGUCAACAUGACAGUGUUGCCACGGUACGUGGCUUCCCUGGCUGUGCCUGGCCUUAUCCUCUGUUUCAUCACUCUUCCAUUUCCUGCUAUACUAUCCCAGAGGCCCCCUCUCCCCACAGAGCCCUCCCCCACCCCAGCACCCCACACAAGGCCGGAGUGUACCCGCCUAGAGCACCCCGUCGUCUCUAUUCAAGCUCUAAGUCCUUUGAUCUCAACUUUCUCCCAUCCUGGUGUAAGGGACUACUCCCAGCUGACCCUUGACCUCACCAGGAAUGAACUUAUAGUGGGAGCGAGAAACUACCUCUUCAGACUAAAUCUAAGCAACAUUUCACUAAUUCAGGCAACGGAAUGGGGCCCAGACGAAGACACCAGGAGGUCCUGUCAAAGCAAAGGGAAGACGGAGGUGGAGUGUCAAAACUACAUCCGCGUGUUGCUUGUCAACAAGACAGAGGUGAUCACCUGUGGUACCAAUGCCUUCCAGCCCCUUUGUAUCACCAGAGAGGCAGGGAACAUGAGCAGAGUGUUGGAGAGGGUGAAUGGAGUGGCCCGUUGUCCCUACGACCCCCGUCAUAAUUCGACGGCUGUGGUGACCGAAAGCGGAGAGCUGUACGCCGCCACGGUCAUCGAUUUCUCCGGCCGGGACCCUGUCAUCUACCGCAGCCUAGGAGGAAUGCCGCCUCUGCGGACCGCCCAGUACAACUCCAAAUGGCUUAAUGAGCCUCACUUCAUCUCGGCUUACGACGUGGGUCUUUUCACCUUCUUCUUCUUGAGGGAAAACGCAGUGGAGCACGACUGCGGUAAGACAGUGUAUUCACGGGUGGCACGGGUGUGUAAGAACGACAUAGGAGGCCGAUUCUUGCUGGAGGACACGUGGACCACCUUCACGAAGGCCAGACUCAACUGCUCACGGUCGGGAGAGAUCCCAUUCUACUACAAUGAACUACAGAGCACCUUCUACCUGCCCGAACAGGACCUCAUCUAUGGCAUCUUCACCACCAAUGUGAACAGCAUUGCUGCCUCUGCAGUUUGCGCGUACAACCUCAGCGCAAUCACACAGGCUUUUAACGGGCCCUUCCGCUCCCAGGAGAACCCUCGCUCCACAUGGCUGCCCACCCCGAACCCCAUCCCUAACUUCCAGUGUGGGACCAUAGAGGAAGAAGGGCCUAAUGAAGGACUAACUGAACGCAGUCUGCAGGACGCCCAGCGGCUCUUCCUCAUGAAUGACGUGGUUCAGCCAGUUUCUGUGGACCCGCUGGUCUGGCAGGAUGAUGUGCGCUUCUCUAAGUUGGUUGUUGACAUUGUGCAGGGGCAGGACAAUUUGCACCAUGUCAUGUACAUAGGCACAGAGUAUGGAACUAUUCUUAAGGCCCUGGCAACCACAAAUAAGAGCCUGCAAGGUUGCUACUUGGAGGAGAUGCAACUCUUCCCUCCUGGCCUGCGUGAGCCAAUCCUGAGCCUUCAAAUACUCCAUGGUGACAGGACUCUUUUUGUGGGCCUGAAUGACAAAGUGCUCAAGAUCCCUCUGGCAAGAUGCUCCAGCUACAAAACAGAAUUGAUGUGUUUGGAUGCUCGGGACCCUUACUGUGGUUGGGACCGAAAGCAGCGCCGCUGCACCACCAUAGAGGACAGCUCCAACAUGAGCCAGUGGUUCCAGAACAUCACUGCCUGCCCGCUGAGGAACCAAACCGCAGAUGGUGCAUACGGGCCCUGGGCUCCAUGGCAACCCUGUAGCCAUGAUGACGGCGAAGGCACCAGUACGUGUCUUUGUCGAUCGCGAGCAUGCGAUAGCCCGUCCCCUCGCUGCGGAGGUAAAAACUGUGAGGGUCCCACCAUUGAGGUGUCCAACUGUUCAAGGAAUGGAGGAUGGACACCCUGGUCGUCCUGGGGCCAGUGCAGCACAAGUUGUGAGAUUGGGUUUGAAGUCCGCCAGCGAUCCUGUAACAAUCCUUCACCCAGGCAUGGCGGUCGCGUAUGUGUGGGGCAAAGCAGAGAACAGAGAUUCUGCAAUGAGAAGGUGUCGUGCCCUCAGCCCAUCUUCUGGUCAUCAUGGUCUCCCUGGUCCAAGUGCAGCUCAGAGUGUGGGGGAGGAGUGCAUUCGCGCUCCAGGAACUGUGAGAAUGGAAAUAGCUGUCCAGGGUGUGCGCUGGAGUACCAGGCGUGUAAUCUGGAGUCCUGUCCAGAGGUGCGUCGAAACACCCCAUGGACCCCUUGGGUGCCAGUGAACAUAACCCAGGGAGGGGCACGGCAGGAGCAAAGAGUACGCUACAUCUGCCGAGCCCAACUGGCUGACCCUCAUGAGCUCCAACUGGGCAAGCGUAAGGUGGAGACACGCUUCUGCCCCAAUGAUGGGACGGUAACCUGCGAAACAGACUCUCUAGUUGAGGAGCUUCUCAGAACGCCUAGUGUACGACUGACAGGCUCUGGCUGGUCAUCGUGGGAGAUGUGGUCAGCUUGUACUCAGGAGUGUUCCAAAGGCUACCGCACUCGCAAACGCACUUGCACCAGCGCAGAGGGCAAAAGCGUUCCCACUGCCUGCCGGGGAUCUUCAGUAGAAUAUCAGGACUGCAAUCCACAGCCCUGUCCAGUUAACGGCGCCUGGUCUUGCUGGUCAUCAUGGUCACAGUGUUCAGUGCCCUGUGGAGGCGGGCACUAUCAACGAACGCGCACAUGCACCAGCCCCGCCCCUGCCAAUGGAGGGGACAUCUGCAUCGGCUUGCACACAGAGGAGGCCCUUUGCAACACACACACCUGUGAUGGUGGGUGGAUGGCCUGGUCGGUGUGGUCUGAGUGUGAUGACUUGGGCCUGCAGCUGCGCAGUCGUGUGUGCGGGGCUCAAUCCACGCCAUGUGUGGGAAACAGCUCCCAGCACCGAGACUGCAAUGAGAUCCCAGCAAUUCUCCCUGCAUCUAGCUAUGAGAAGGACCAGCAGUGUGGGGGGUUCACUCUGCUUCACCUGAUAGCUACGGGUGUGUCGUGCUUCCUGGGUGCCGGCCUGCUGUCCUUCCUGGUGUAUGUGUACUGCCAGCGGUUCCACAAGCCCUCGCAGGAGUCUGCCGUCAUCCACCCCACCACUCCCAACCACCUCAACUACAAGGGCAACACCACACCAAAGAAUGAGAAAUACACACCCAUGGAGUUCAAGACUCUGAAUAAGAACAAUUUGUUGCCGGACGAGAGGACCAACUACUUCCCUUCUCCGCUUCAGCAGACAAACGUGUACACCACCACGUACUACCCCACAGCGCUGGGCAAAUAUGACUACCGCCCAGACUCCUCGCCCUCUCCCUGCAGAACCUAUAACCACAGCUGAGACACGUGUGCCAUCCGUAGCUUUAAGGCCGCUCUGGACGUCUCCUCCUAAAAUCCUCCACUUUUCCCACUCACACACUCUGCACCCGAUGAGGUGCUUGUUCCAACAUUCCAGCUGAUUUUUUCCCCCAAACUCUCUCCCCUGAGGACCGUGUCUCCUAAGUCAUGUCUUGCGGUGUCCGAUGGGGGAAAAGUCCAGUGAUUCAAACAGCACUUUUUAAAGAUUGUGUAGCUACACUGACUUUGAUAAAUGGAUGUCUUGAUUGAUCUCUGCAGAACUCCCAUUACUGGAAGGAGAUUUUGCUGAAGCUGAAGGUGGGAAGAGAAAAUUGUGCUGGCGUCCCGUACCAAUCCAACAAUAUUCAUUACGGGAAUGCAAUCUGCCACGCUGUGGCAGUUCUUUUUAAAACUACAUAAGAGAAGAAUAGACGAACACCAGACAAAAGAGAGCAAUCAAUGGUGACAUUAUCAGGUUUGGUUAGAACGGUGGUAUUUUUACCUUUGGAUGCAAAUGUAAGGACGUCCCACUGACUUCCGACCUUUGAGAGGCAAAUCUCUAACAAAAGAGGACGAGUCGCAGGAUCAAUGCAUCUCCUGGGUGGACUGUUUGGAUACGAGUUCGCAACCAACCUGCAAGAAAAAGAACAGCUUAAAAUAGGAUGCUAUUCAAAGCGGACUCUUAUAUAGAUUUUCAGCACGUUAAAAGCAUAAGGACAGAAGAAUGCCUCAUUCUUUCCCUAAAAAGUUGAAAAACCUUUUUUACUUGCGAAUGCAUGGGAAUUGAGGAAUAUUGCACCAAUAUGGAAUAUGCUUAGGUCUGAAGCAAACAUGUUCUACUCUGUUACUGUAAGUCCCGGUGGUCAUAUUAAAUAUGACUGGGUUCAAACCGAGAUGGACUAUAUUUUAUUAUGAAAAAUGUAGGAAAUACUGAUAGCUUGGCACUUGUUUUCUACGGUUAUUUUAAAGAGGGAAUUAUUCAGCAGUUGUAGGAUAGAUGGACAAUAGAGUUUAUUUAAGAUAAGAGUUCAAACAUUGAUGGAGCUAUACUGAACAUUUCAUAUAUUUUUUUUUAUUAUUGUUUCCAGAUGGUGUAUUCCUAACCAUCAUCACAUUCAUCAGAGAUAUGAGCAUAGGCGUACACCGGUAUAUGAGCAUCAUAUAUUCAUAAAAUUGCCCAGAGAGUCAACUCACACAGAAAUGAUCAAUGGAUCACUGUCUUUGUCACAUCAAACAAUAUCUGAAAAUAUAAUCUGCGUGCAGCACUAUGUGCUCAUCUCAGAUCUUAUUUUGGUCAUGUGUUCACAUGCUUCCCAGUGGCAUCACGCCCACAUUCCAGAUGCAACUCUCCAGUUAUCGACAAAAGCGAUUCAGGAACGGCAACUCUCAUCAGGAUGUAGUAUUUAUGGUAUGCUUGGUUUCUAAAGGGCAUUGAAAACUAAACUAAGCUAUUUUAUCAAGCUCGUUUAAUGAAUGGUAAGCCAACCAUGCUUUCAGCUAAGCAUGAGUACAUGGGUUGUAACUAAGUAAUGUCCCACCACGGAAACGUAAUGCCACACAAAGGUUAGUAUAAUGUACAUGUAUAUUGUAAAGCUAACACUGUUUUUUAAACGCCUUAUAGUUGUAAAAUAAUAUGUGCCGCAGCUGUGUAAAUAUACCAACCAUAGGGAUUGUGUGGGGAUGGAGCCUGUCAGUGUCCAGAGUUUAACUGCAGUAGAGAGACCCAUCUUGUUGACCAACCCUGAUCGAUAACAUCAAAGCUUAUACACUAGAGUCUCUACAAAACUGGGCAUAAUUCAUAUGAAUUGAUGAUUUUCAAAGUUCACAUGAUAUUUGGUUCACAAAUUUUACAUCAAUUAAGGCACUUCAAUAUCAUACUCAUUCAAAUACAUUUGCCUUUAAUUAUUUUGAUGUUGUCUGAUCCUGUCCAAGGUAUUUAAUGGGGAGGGUUUUUUUUGCUCCAUAAUGCUUGAAAUUUUAGUUGAUUGUUGUGGCUCACAUACCACACCUUUACAGAGAGGUCCAAAAAAUCCCAGAGAAUUACUAAAAUUGUUCCUACUAGAUUUUUUUAACAUCAUUUUAAUUGCAAAUAAUGUUAUCAGCAUAAUAUGAAUGAAAAGUUAAAUCGAAAGAAAAACUCACUUUUUCUAUAUAUUCUUAUUCAGUCCAAAAACAUUAUAUUACCUGAAGUAAAUCACAGAUUUAAAAUGUCUUUCAAAGGCUUUUUGACUUCACUGUAUGUAUGAAAAAUCAAGAAUAGGCAAGACUCUAAGCUCAUAUUCAAAGUUAAAAGGUCAAACUAAAUCCCCACAUUCACUCCCAUGUGCCUGCCCAGAUAAUAUAUGUUGGUCAAAUGCGGCUGCUCUGUGUCAGUCGGGUUUUGAAAGGAGAAUCUCUGAUGUUGAACACGCAUAAAGCCAGACGACGCAAUGAGGUGCUCCAUCCCUGCAAGGCUUGGUGCCCUUCUAUGCAACUGACCUGGUGGUUAGAUAUGCGAUGUAGACUGUAAUCACUGCCUUUUAGACACUGUGAAUUUUUGGUACUCUAUAUUUUUGUAUAUUGUACAUUGUAAAAGAUAAUAAACCUUGAUGCCAACCCGG